CUAUACCAACUGGAAACAACGACCGUCUCAUCAAAGUCAGACCUUUAUAUAACUCAAUUAGAGAAUGAUGUCUGGAACUGAAAAUGGAGCAAAUUCUAAGUGUUGAUGAGCAGAUCGUUCCUUUCAGAGGGAAUCUGAAUAUCAAACAAUAUGUAAAAGGAAAGCCAGAGCCUUGGGGUAUAAAAAUUUUUAUGCUUUGUGGUAAGAGUGGGCUGGUCUAUGAUUUUAUUAUUUAUCAAGGAGCCACAACAAAUAUAGAUAAAAAUUAUGUCUUACGGUACGGUGCAUCAGCUGCCUAUGUAAAUCAGCUUGCUCAACGAGUAACUAGUUCUGGACAUUUCCUUUUCUUUGAUAAUUAUUUUUCUAACUACAAUUUGCUCAGAGAUCUACGUGAAAGAGAAAUAUACGCAGGAGGAACGAUCAGGGUAAAUAGAUUUCAAAAGCCACCUCUCAUCAAUGAUACAGAAGGCGCAAAAAAGGAAAGAGGAUACUCAGAACAAGUUACCAACAGCACAAAAGAUGUUGUAGUCCUCAAAUGGAUGGAUAAUAAGGGAGUAACACUUGCAUCUAACUUUGUCGGGAUCGGAGAGCAAGAUGAGGCGCGAAGAUGGAACAAAGUAUCGAAAGAGUACAUAUCAAUUCCACGCCCAGAACUGGUACGAUUAUAUAACAACGGUAUGGGAGGCGUUGAUAAAAUUGAUCAUUUGCUUAGCCUAUACCGCAUUUUUAUUAGGUCAAAAAAAUGAACGUUGCGAAUGAUAUUCCACGCGAUUGACUUAUCGGUGACUAAGGUAAAACACCCAAAGCCCGACAGAGCACCAUUCCUCGACAAUAAAAAAGUAAUUUUUAAAAAAUAAGAGUUUCUUUAGCAUUUCCGAACGCAUUUCAAGGAUAACUCAUAGACAAGGAUUAUAAGAUGUCAUCGCCCAUGACAUAUACGUCAUGCGGCCAUUUUUAAUAAAAUGGUGUAGAGCGAUACAUCGACUGGCGGAGUGGCCUAAUAAAAUCCGGUUUUAUUAGCAAAAUCGCUAAGGAGGAAUGGCACCCAAAAAAUCUUAUACGCCGUUACAAAUGGCGCAGGCUAUUACAGCCGUCCGUGAAGGUGAAAAAAUUUCAACGGCAGCGAAAAAGUUUGGUGUUCCCAGGAUCACCUUACAUGAUAAAAUUUCCGGUAAAACUCCAAUUGAAUGUUCUAUGGGCCCUAGUACAUAUUUGUCAACAGAAGAGGAAGCUAUUUUAGAAAAAUGGAUACUGGACAUGGCUGAACGACACAUUCCUAUUACUAGAGAUGAGUUGCUUGAUAGCGUGCAACGUAUCAUCGUUGACCAAAAAAAGACUACUCCCUUUACCGACAAUAGACCCGGUAAGAAAUGGUACAAUCUAUUUCUUAAGAGACAUCCUUCAUUGUCUGAGAGAACGGCCCAAAAUUUGACCACAGCACGAGAUGCCGUUACAGAAGAAGGUAUAAAACGUUGGUUUGGGGAAGUGAGCUCUUAUCUUCAGGAAAACAACCUUAGAGAGAUAUUAGAAGAUCCGUCGCGAAUUUUUAACGGAGACGAAAGUGCUUUUUAUUUAUCACCCAAAGCCGGAAAAGUUUUAGCAAAAAAAGGUGAUAAGCACGUCUACCAAUCUUCUGGAGAUGAAAAAGAUAACUUGACGGUACUAAUUACCGGAAAUGCCGCUGGACAAUUAGCACCUCCAAUGGUAGUUUUUUCUUAUGAAAGAAUUCCAUCCACAAUUUCAUCCAAAUUUCCAGAAGAUUGGGCUAUGGGACGAUCUCCGAGUGGCUGGAUGUGUAGUAGUACAUUUUUUGAAUACAUUGCCAACAUUUUUAAUCCAUGGUUAUUACAGCAAAAUAUACCAAAACCCGUCUUGUUUUUUUUGGAUGGCCAUAGAUCUCACUUGACAUUACACCUAUCGAACUUUUGUGCUCAAAAUGGCAUAGAAAUCGUGGCAUUAUAUCCAAAUAGCACACAUAUCCUUCAGCCAAUGGACCUAGCUAUUUUCAGGCCAUUGAAAAUAUAUUGGAAUAAAGCUGUCAAGGAUUGGAAAUUAAAACAUUUAGGAAUGAAUUUAAAAAGAGAAGAUUUUGCCCCUGUUCUUAAGACAGCGUUGGAAUCAAUAACAGAGAGUUCUGUUAAAAAUGGAUUCCGCGCUGGUGGAUUGUAUCCCUUUGGCCCUGACUACGUCGAUCUCUCCAAAAUAAAGUCUCGCAACAAGAAGGAGGCUUCGUCAGAACAAAUAUUGUUUUUUGAUUAUCUAGAAAAAGAAAUAGUGGCGAAGCUACAGAAGGAAAAGUUGCAGAUAUUUAAUGACCUUUACUAUAAAGACAGACAAAAUUUAAACAUUCACUUAAAUGAAGAAGACCUAUCGCUCUACAUAAUAUGGGCUAGUAAUAAGCAAGCUAUUGAACUUUCAGGUCACGUUAAUGAGCAAUCUACUUCACCCCAGACCCUCGUUGAAAUACCAAAUCCUAAUGAAAUCAAUCCUGCAGAAUCUCUUUCUGCUACAAAUGCAGAUACAGAUGUACAAUAUCAAUUUGACAUACAACUAGAUCAUGACUAUUUACCACAUAUUACUCUAUCUAAUGCAGGAUAUGACGCAACCACAUCCACUUGCACCCCAAAUGACGCUCCAAAAUCUAGAGAAAUACUGGAUAAUUCAUUGACUGUCGCUAGCCCAAGUUCUAACUUAAAUGAUCCUAUUCCAACAACUUCAACUUCCUGUUCUUAUACGUUUAUGUUUGAUAUUGCCACAAAAAUAACACCUUCAAAAGAAUUGACAAGACCUGGGAAUUCUCAAAUCGGCCAAAGUUCUGCAGAAAAGACACCCGUGAAAGAGCUGACAAGACCUGAGACAUCAAAAAUUAACCAAAGUUCCAUAAAAAAGACACCUUUGAAAGAGCUGGCAAUACCUGGGACAACAAAAUUUAUUCAAAAGAAAGGAGAAAGUACAUAUAUUAUUCCAUCACCAUUUAAGCGAAAUUUAUUUUGGCCAGGAGAAGAUGAAAACAAAGGAAAAAAAAGAAAACUGAAGGAAAAAAUUCCUUUUGUUAUAACAAGUAAACCAUGGAGGGAAUAUAAUGAAAGGAAAGACAUUGAAAAAAAAGAAAAAGAGAAACAAAAAGAAAUUAAAGCCAAAGAAAGAGAAGAAAGAAGACUAUUAAAACUGAGAGAGACGGAAGAAAAAAAGAAACGACAGAUGGAGAAAGAAAUUAAAACCAAGGAAGGGAAAAAGAUAAAAAAAUCUAAACCAGAUGACACAUCUUCAGAUAAUACGGACAUUGAAGUGCAUUAUGCAGAAAGUGAAGACAGCUUAGAUAUGCAAAUAGAUGCAGAAAAAACAGAACAUGAAAAAUCUGAGAGCUCGACUCAAUCCGAAGAUGUGCCACUGAUCAGAUUUUCUAAGAAAUCUAGAAAAUAUUCCAUUGGAAACUAUGUCAUAAUAAGGUAUGAAGGGGAAUACUUCCCAGGCGUAAUAGAAGGUAUUCGUGGAAAUAGAUUUGAAAUUAGUACAAUGACCUUUUCAGUGGGAAACACAUACAAGUGGCCGGAAAAAAAAGAUAAAAUCUUUUAUGAAAAGUCUGACAUCAUUGAGGCAAUAUCCCCACCAGUGCUGUGCAAUAAAAGGGGUUUCUAUACGAUACCCGAAAUGAAAAAAUAUCUACCUUUUGCUAUUUAACUUUUAUUAUAUUUAAAGAGGAAUAAGACUUUUUGAAUAUUUUGUUUUUAAGAUUUUUAAAGAAUUUCAAGCCAUCAAGAACUUAGUUUUAUAAGGCUACUUAAAUAAGUACUAAUAUAACAAUUUGUGAUUUAAUUUAGAUAUAAGUUUUGCUUUAAUUGCUAUUGGCAAGAUCUCUUAAUAUAGACUGAUUAUUAUUAAGA